AUGCGUCUACUAAGACUCGAUAGACGACGAGGCUCUAAAUGCAUUAGUCAGGAGGUCCCCGAGGACCUCUUGCUCUCCUACCUGACGGAUCAUGGGGUUUUGAGGAAUGGGGCUUCUACUUCCGACGGAAGAACGCCCACGACGCCCAGUAUAGAGUGUAGAACACCCACGACAGUCGGUAGCGGAGAGGGUAGGACUGACCAGGGCAUUAUCACUCCCGCGUCAACGAACUCUGAGCCUCUACGGUUCCUAGCCUUCUACAAAUAUUCCAAGGUGCGUCUUUCUUCUUCUUGGACUGAAUGGUACAAACCAAGUGCUCUGCGGCGUCCUGCCGAUGUGCCACCAGGUAAAUAUGAGAAGCUGUCUCGGCUGUUGCAUGAAUCGUUGCCUUCCCGGGAAGAUAUGGAGAUGAUAUUCAAGGCUAGCCGUCAGCAUUGUGCCCUUGCCUACGAAGUAUUGACUAUGCCAUACACUACACUCGAUCAGAAUGGCUUAAGACCGCCCGAGAGCUUGCUAGACUUCCCUGGACCCAACGUACACCCCGUUUUGAUAUCGAGGCAUAUGCUCCAACUCGCCAUCUUCUUACAGCAUAUUCCUCCCGGCCUUCACGAGGAGAUAACAGGCCUGUCGGAAUCGCCACGAGCCAUCAUGGAACGACUAGUAGAUCUCGCUAUCAGCCUCGUCACGUCCAACGACGAACUUCUUGGCAGCAUCGAAGGCCUGGAGUGCGUCAUGAUCGAGACGAUGUAUCAAGUGAACGUCGGGAAUCUCCGCCGAAGCUGGGUAGCGAGUCGGCGAGCGAUGAGCAUUGCACAGCUGAUGGGCCUCAACCGCUCGGAAAAUCGGGCCCAAUUCAAGGUGCUUGACCCCAAGACGGAAUACCACCCGCAAAUCAUGUGGUUCCGAGUCCUUUUUAUAGACCGCCAGCUCUGUCUCAUGCUAGGCCUCCCCCAAGGCUCCUUGGACCGCAGCAUAGCCUCCGACGCUCAGCUCGCAAACGAAACCCCCAUGGGCCGCCUCGAACGCAUCCACUGCGUCCUCGCCUCCCGAAUCCUCGAGCGCAACGAAUCCAACCCCAGCUCCCAAGACCUCGCCGUGACACGAACUCUCGACCUAGAGCUCCAGCGCGCCGCCCGCGGCCUCCCGAGCAAAUGGUGGCUCUCCCCAAACCUCGAAGCCGCCUCCACCACCCCGCAAGCCCUCUUCUGGGACACCCUGCGCCUCUUCGCGCAAGUCCUACACUACAACCUUCUCAACCAACUCCACCUCCCCUACAUGCUGCGCGCCUCCUCCUCCUCCUCCUCCUCCUCUUCCUCCUCCCCCACCUCCUCGCCCGCCGCGGCGCCCGACCGCCAGUACGAGUACUCGCGCCUGACGUGCGUCAACGCCUCGCGCGAGGUGCUGUCGCGCUUCAUCACGCUGCGCCGCGUCAACCGCAUCGCCUUCAGCUGCCGCAUCAUCGACUUCCUCGCGCUCAUGGCCGCCCUCACUUUACUGCUCGCGCACCUCGACAGCCGCCGCGCCGCCGCCGCGCCCGCCGCCGAGAACCUGCUCGCGCACCAGUAUCUGAGUGAUCGCGCGAUGAUCGAGCAGGCGCAGGAGAAUAUGAGGGAGCUGAAUCGCGUUAAUGCGGAUGCGCUGAGUGCGCAGAGCGCGGACUUGCUGGGGCGGUUGCUGGCGAUUGAGGGGGAGGCGGCGGAGGACGGGGCGGCGGAGGACGGGUGGGCGGGGCGGGUGAGUGUGCAGGAGGCCGGGCGGGGGGAGGUGCUGGGGGAGAGGGAGGAUGGCGAGGGCGGGGUUAGUGUGCUUAUUCCGUAUUUUGGGAUUAUCAAGAUUGCGCGUGAGGGGGUCAGUAAGGAGAUUCCGAAACCGCAUGCUCCUGCGACGGUGGUGGGGAGGUCGAGUACGGCUAGCACGGAGACGCUCGGUGCUGGGUUCCAGAUGCGGCACUCUGGGCUUCCUAGGCCUAGUGGAAUGUCGGACGCCGAGGUCAUGGCACAGGUCGAUGUUGGGUAUGGCAAUGUCGAAACACGUUCGUUGCUGGCACAAGGAGUACCAGAUUCCUAUGCAAGGAGUCAGGGCGAGCUUCCGAACGUUGCGCCGCAACAGCUGCAGAACGGCUUUUCCGAUCCGCUCUUGCAACAAGGAGAGUACCCCGGGCUGACCGCGGGCGGAGAAGACUGGGCGUUCCAGGGCGUCGACAUGGCCUUCUUUGAUAGCCUGAUGCGGAGCACCGGGAAUGAGGGGGGUGAGGAUGCGGAGUGGACGACGUGGCAGAAGUGAUAAAAUUAGAGUCUGGUGUAUGUACAUAAGCUUGGGCCCACAGAUAUAUCACUGCUUCGGCUCCAU